UAGGCGCUUUGGAAGCUGCAGCUCAGGUGCAGACAUGGCCAAGUCCAAGAACCACACCACACACAACCAGUCUCGAAAAUGGUACAGAAAUGGUAUCAAGAAACCCCGAUCACAAAGAUAUGAAUCUCUUAAGGGGAUGGACCCCAAGGUCCUGAGGAACAUGCACUUUUCCAAAAAGCACAAUAAGAAGGGCCUGAAGAAAAUGCAGGCCAGCAAGGCCAAGGCCAUGAGUGCACGUGCCGAGGCCAUCAAGGCCCUUGUAACACCCAAGGAGGUUAAGCCCAGGAUCCCAAAGGGUGUCAGCCACAAGCUCGAUCGACUUGCCUACGUUGCCCACCUUAAGCUGGGGAAGCGUGCUCAUGUCUGCAUUGCCAAGGGGCUCAGGCUCUGCCGGCCAAAGGCCAAAAAUCAAACCAAGGCCCAGUCUGCAGCUCCAGCUUCAGUUCCAGCUCAGGCUCCCAAAGGUACCCAGGCCCCCACAAAGGCUUCAGAGUAG